AUGCUUAAUAUCUUCUUGUACUUGGCCGCGAUAUGGCCGGCCGGAAAGUACAAUCGCGCACACAGUAGCAGAGAGAUCGGAUGGGUCUCAGCGGGACAGGUCUGUCGCUCGUGGCGUACAACUUUACACGGCUCAAGUAUCAUCUGGGCUCUGUGGCUAACGUCAUUCUGCAACAUCGACGUCUUCAACGUUUUCUUGCAGAAGGCUGGGCAAGCCCCCCUAUGGGUUGACUUAUGUCUUCUGUAUGACAACGCGAAUGGCAAGAGGCUGACGUCCGACCUAAUCGCCACAGUCAUGGCACACGAGCUCUGGAGCAAAGCGUACGCGAUCGUCGCAAAUUAUCGCCAGAACAUCUAUAACGGGUACUCGGCUGUCAUCGCAAGCUGUCUGUCAUCCGUCUCUCUCGCCAAUCUUAGUGUCCUCGAUAUGUAUAUCCCAAAGGAAACCCCCAUUUGCGGGAAAAUUUGCGCGCCGCGUCUCACGGAGCUAUCUAUGAGAUCUGACGCCGAAGAUAUGGACGAUUGCCCGCUAUCCGUGGACAAGUUGCAGUACUUGUUCGACUCGUGUCAGCGUCUUGCAAUUGUCCGACUAAGGCGCUGCAUCGACACACGAGGCCUCGAUCACACAUCAGAUUAUACUGGGCGCAAACGCACUGAGCUGCGCGAGCUACACAUCGAAAGCCUCGACGAGGCCCUUCUAACGAUAAUUCACGCGUACUUCACCGUCACGACGUCGUCGUCAGUAGUGAUCGACGUGCGCUCGGCAUCCGACAUAGCCAACGCUAUGGAGCUGUCUUUUACCCGCUUCGGCUACUCGCUAGACGCGCUCGACUCUCUCGAGAUUCAAUAUGAUUGUGAACUUCAGCGCCAUCGUGCACGAAUAUUGCGCGGCGCCGAUUUCUUCUCUUUGUGCAUGCGUCCUCGUAAGGCGUUUGCUGUUAUCAUGCGCAUGGGGAGCUACGACAAUUCAUGGUCGUGGAUGGACGUCGCAUCUAUGCUACCGUGCAGAGACAUCAAGGCUCUCACAAUCUCCAAUCCCGAAGAUAAGUACUGUGACCACGACGUUCGCCCUACCGAUUUAUUGCGCGAGUUACGCGGCUUGCGCAGCGUGACGCUGUCCGACAGACGGAACAUUCGCUUUCUCGACGACCUCCCCCCUGACGCUCCCAUCUCGACAAUCAUCGCAUCUUUUCCUUCUGGAACGAAUAAUGAGGAUCUAUCGGAUAUAUGGCACUGUCUGGAUACGCGGGGCGGGCGCAGGGACUCCGUAACUCUCAUCCUUGACGGCGUGCUGAGCACGACCAAGAACGUGGCGCGCUAUCGUCACUUGGAAAUGCCGCUUCUAGUUGCACUGACCGAGUUCGCAGUGCUUAAGGAUUUCAGGACGUACAAACAAAUCAGAUGA